CAUUCCAAGACAGCAGCACAAAAGGGAACCAAUCCCCCACACUCCGCCCCGCCCCGCGCCGCAGCGACAGCCAACUCCCUACACUGCCGGCCGCCUCCUCGUCGCCGCCUCCUCUCCUCCUCUCCGCGCCGCCGCCCGAGGUUGUGAGCAUGUCAGAUAGCGUGUUGCAAGAUCUCAAGUCAGCUCAACCAGCUGGGCUGGAGAAAAGCAAAGAGAGUUCCGUGGAACCCUGCAAUGCUAAGCCUGUGUUGAACGGCAGCAAGUGUGUCAAGAAGGAAGAGAAGCCUCUAACUGAAUGUCCUGAUGUGACCAAUGGAUGCGACGUUGCAGCUGUAGAUGUUGAGUACAUUGAUUCUGAGAAUCUCACUGAUCUCCUGGAUGUUGACGCAAGCCUUAGCACUCUGCUUGCAAGGCUGGAGUCAAAGGACUGGGUCAAGACAUGUGAAGCUCUCAACAAUGUUCGUCAGCUGGCCAUAUAUCACAAGGAAAGGUUGCAGGAGCUGCUGGAGCCUCUAGUUCCUCUUAUUGUGAAAUCUGUUAAGAAUCCAAGGAGUGCUCUAUGUAAAACCGCGCUUAUGACCUGCCCUGACAUCUUUAAGGCGUAUGGUGAACUAAUGGUCGACUCAAUUGACCUUCUGCUGAUGCCGCUAUUUCUGAAAUCUUCACAAGACAAGCGCUUCGUUUGUGAAGCUGCUGAGGCAGCCCUUAUGUCAAUGACAAGCUGGAUCUCCCCUUCUGUAUUGUUACCUAAAAUGCAGCCCUACCUCAAGAACAGGAAUCCACGGAUUAGAGCAAAGGCAUCUGUUUGUUUCAGCAACAGUGUACCACGCCUUGGUGUUGAAGGAAUCAAAGAAUAUGGAAUGGAUAAGCUCAUCCAGGUCGCAGCAACCCAGCUCAGUGACCAGCUUCCCGAGUCAAGGGAGGCUGCUCGCAAGCUGUCACUGGAGCUGCAAGCAUUCUACGAGAGGUCUCAAGCCUCAAGUUCAGGAGAAGGUGACAGCACAUCUGCUACCUCACCAGAAGCUGAAUCCUGGGAGGCUUUCUGCCAAUCUAAGCUUUCCACACUAAGUGCCCAAUCAAUCCUUCGUGCCACUGUGGGUGUCCCUGUUGCCCCAAAAGAAACCGGCAUUCCUGUUGCUCUAAAAGAAGCCGGCAUUGCUCUUAAAGAAGGUGGCAUCUCUAUUGCUGUAAAAGAAGGCGCUGUCCUGGUUGCUCCAAAAGAAGACGGUGCUCCUGUUGCUCCAAAAGAAGGUGCCACGGCCUUGGGUUGCUAGCAUUGGGAGAUGGCGGAUGCAGUGAGGUUGCAAUUUUUUCCACAUUCGAUUCACGUUUUGCUGUACAUGGUUUAUGGUUUGGUCCGUUGGUACAUCGAACCUCCUUUUGUUGAGCGUCAGCGCAGGAGUUCUUCAUGUGCGAUACCUGGGGGUGUUAAUAUCGGUGGGAGAUAUAGUCCCUUACAGUUGACUGUAUAAUCCUUUGGUUCCACUACUUGUCUAUUUGGCAUUGAUUGGUCAGUCAGGCAAAUGUAGAAUUUCUUCCACAGCUUGAUGUUUUGCUGGAGUGCCGCAGAUCCCUACUCA